AUGUUUAUGAUAAUAUACGUUUGGGUGAUAUAGAGUAACUUGUUUACAUUACCAGUCUGUUAAAUGGCAGCCCCCAUAAUAAAGCAUGAAACUCUAUUAGUUUGAUAUAGUUUUACUGCAUGUGUCUAAUGCUCAAAAUGAAAACACCAUGUAGAUGGGAUUCUCUUCUGAAAUUAUUAAAGAGGAGACACUAUUUAUAUGGACCUGGAUUACCAUUGUUGAGAGAAAAUGUGCGAAAGAUGUGGCUUGAAAAGAUGGUGACAAAAGUUGAAUCUUCCUUCCUUCUACAUGGACCUGAUGAUCCUCUAAUGUGUUACCCACAGGUGUUUGAGUUACACAAUGAGAAUAUACCUUUCUCUAUAGCACAUAUAUCAACCAGUGCAAAUGAUCUUAGCAGUCAGUCAGACAAUCUAAAACCCCUGUGGAACUAUGGACCAGAGACCUGUUUUAAAUUUCUACAUUUCUGUUCCCCAGUGUCAGUAAACACAACAUAUGAUCAACUUGUCAAUGUUAGAUUUUCAUGGUGGAAAAAGUUGUCAUAUAACUCUUCUGAUUUCACCCUGUCUAACAUGGAUGAGACAAGUGAGGUAUUAUCAGGUAGGCGUAUACAGUACCAGUUCCCAUGGGGGUUAGAGACUGUGGAAACUAUUUGUAAUAUGGGAGACAAACAUCUUAAAUCUCUUCAUGAUCAGACACAGUUAAACUUUAAGUAUAAUGGUGGAAAGAAAGAUGUGUUCCCAUGUCAGAUACAAUGUGAGAUGACUUUAGAGAUGGCCACCUCCCUCUUCCUAAAUGAUGCCUAUGUGGAGAAGGGUACAGGGGAUGAUAAAGUGAAACAUGUAUUACACUUAAAUCCAGUACUGGCCCCGUUUCAAGUAGGAUUAUGUAGAGAUGGUAAUAUGAAAGAAGAAAUUAACGAGGUCACCACUUACAUUGCUGGUUUACUGAGGGCACAAGGACAUCAAAUACUUGACAUAUGUGACUACAAGAAUAAUUUGAACUGGCAGAUGGAAAGAUUUGAUGAAAUGGGCGUACCACUCACAAUAAUAGUAAAUGAUUCAACAAUAGAGACUGGAACUGUAAAAAUACGAAACAGAGAUACAAGGAUAAAGGAAACAUUAGCAAUUGGAGACCUCACAGUGUAUGUGACUAAACACGUGACACACCAACCACUGGGUUAGUACUUUAUGAAUGGCUGAUUGUCAAAAAUGGAGAAAAUAAAGAAAAAGGUGACAGUAAGGAUACAAACACACAGUCCCCUAGCAACUUAGUUCCUUAGCAACCAGUGGUCCAGAAUAAGGACAUGAGGACUACUUUCUGAAAUAAGGAAUUAUGAUAAAAUUCCUGUACUUUGUAGGUGUCAGGGAAUGAGCAAAGUUAUGAAGAAUAGGAUAGGAUGUUGGAUAAAAUAAUAACAGUUGUAUUAUAUGGAUGUUACUGUUAAUGGACAGUUUUUUGUCAGUGAAUAUUGUGUCUGUGACACAGUGUGUAUAUUCUUUGUGUUGUUAUUAUUUUGUUUAUGUAAAAUUUGUUAUUUAAUUGAAGGAAUAUUAUUAUACAGCAACUUUUUAAACAAUGAUUUAUUGCACACUUUUGGCGUUUAUGUUAUCUUUAUACACAUUGAACUUAUGCAAUCUUUUUGUUUUAAUUUUUAUGCAUUUUGAAAGCAAUUGUGCUGUCUUAAAAAAUUGUUAUAAAUAUUUUUAACAUCCAUGUUUGACAUGAAAAACCUUGCUUAGUGUAUUAAGAGUUAUAUUACCCAAAAUUUGUCCCUGUCCUUGAAGCGAUACCCUUACUGUGUAUAUGAAAAAGUCUCAACAAAAGUUUGUUAAGAAAGAAAAUAGUUGGCUUUUUUUAAACAUCAAAGUAAAUUUAAUGUAAAUUUAAUGUAUCUGUCAAGUUUCUUCAACAUAGUGGAUACAUGUUUGUUCUUAACCUUGACCCUGCAAUACACGUGACCAGUGAAGACAAUGAUCAGCCGACAGGACAUUGUCAUCUGAUCAUGGUUGGCACUGUUCGCUAUUCAUUAAGCGUAUAUUUUUUAAAAAAAUUCCUAAAACAAAUAAAAGGUUUUGUCCAGAUGAAAAAAUGAGUAAGUCCAUUUGAGAUAUUUUAGCAUUGUAAAUGUUAAAUUGUUUAAAAAAUCUCUUAAUCUUGUGAAGUUUGAUCUAUUACAAAACAAUUAUGUUUUUACAAAAAGAAAAGAAAGCAUUAUUUAGGACCAGAAUGUAAUCAGAAUGAAAAUCUUAGUAUUGAAUUAAUGAUAUACCAGGUACAUUCAUGUGUAAUACAAAAAAGUAAUCCCAAAAGGCUGACUGGCUCAUAGUUUACUGUCUGAACAAAUAUAUAUUAUUUUACCCUUUCACUGCAAUAUUUUAUAUAUAAUAUACAUGUAAUUAUAUACAUGCUAUUAUAAUAUGAUAAUGAAAAAGAAGUUCAGAUAUUUCUGUAAAUUUGGUGCUGUUAUGAAAAUCUGUGUAUCUUAUUUGUGCCAUGUGCUUGAAAUUUGAUAUUGAUGAAUAACUACAAAUACAGAUAGAGAAAAUGAAUGAAUUUAAGACUUCUGGAAAUAAAGAUAACAAAUGUGUAACAUUUUCAAUAUUCUUUU